CCUCCCCCAACUGGAUGCCUUGGUAGCCAAUCAGAAAGAGGCUACAGCCGUCUGGUGGGAUUUCUGAGGCACUGCACCACCAGACAAUCUUCAAAACGACCUUGACAGAUCAGAGAACUGGGCCAAAACAAACAAGAUGAAAUUUAACAGGGAGAAAUUGUGUUAGCCUGACACCAUGGCGGGUGAAGAAAAUAUCUCCGUAAGGAAUCGCCGAUCAACUUAUGAGACGGCAGAAGAGAAAGAAGACUUAUCAAAGAGGCAUGAAGCAGACUGGUCUUUCCCACAAUCAAGCAAUGGUCAUGUUGACGUUGACCAUUUGGUCACUCGAAAGAUGCAGCUUUUGGUGGAGGCUGAGCAAAUGAAGCCAGCUUUCAUGCAGCGAAUCGACAGCCACUUUACAGAAUUCGUGAAUGGCUUGAUUGCAAAGUCCGUGCAGCUUGAGUCUUCGCCCCCUGCCUUCCAAGCCCUGUGCUCAGAGAAAGACGGUGGCUUCAAAAGCAAAGGAUCAAGAGCACCUCCAGAACAUGGAAAAGUUUUUGUUGUUAGAAAGUCUGUCUUGGAUGAGCUAUUUGAAAUGAAAGACAUCCGGACCAUACAUCAUGUGUUCAUUGCUUUCUUCAUCAUGAUCAUUCUCUGCACCCUCAUAGUAGACUCCAUUGAUGAAGGAAGGUUGGUGGUGAAGUUUGAUCUCCUGGUCUACGCUUUUGGCAAAUCUUCUGUCGUUUUUUCCACUUGGCUUUACAUGUUCCUGUCCACCCUGACUGUGCCCUAUGGGCUCUUCCUGCUGUGGGCCCAGGGCUACCAUGGUUCCUCCCACAAGACAAUCCGCUCCACUUUCUUUGGGGGUCUCUUCACGAUCUUCCAGAUAUUUGGGCUUGGAGUGGGACCAGCUUACAUAGCCAUCGCUUACAAUUUACCACCAGCCUCUGCUGCCAUAGUGAUCUUUGAGCAGGUGCGCCUGCUGAUGAAAGGCUACUCUUUCAUUAGGGAGAAUACUUCUCGAAUACUUUCCUUUACGCCACAGAAGACAAACACCGUUCAAGUUCCUAAAGUUUCCCAGUACCUGUAUUUCCUCUUUGCUCCCACCCUUAUUUACAGAGAUGCCUAUCCCCGAAAUCCUACAAUAAGAUGGAGCUAUGUAGCUACCAUGUUUGCAGAGGUCCUUGCGUCACUCUUCUAUGUGCACUAUAUAAGUGAAAUAUACAUCUUUCCUGUAUUUCGGAAAUAUGGCGGAGAGCACUUUAAUGUACGAGGGCUGGUCCUUUGCAUCUUGCACACCAUGCUUCCAAGUUCAUUGGCGACAAUAACCUUAUAUUAUUUACUCCUUCACUGCUGGCAGAAUGCUUUUGCUGAGAUGCUGCGCUUUGCUGACAGAAUGUUCUACAAGGACUGGUGGAAUUCUACAUCUUAUGCAAGCUAUUUCCGAACCAUGAAUGUGGUGGUGUAUGACUGGCUGUAUUACUAUGCAUACAAAGAUUUCCUUUGGUUAUUUGGGAAGAAAUUCAAAGCAGUCGCUAUGCUGUCGGUCUUCCUUUUUUCCGCCGUUGUGCAUGAAUACAUCCUGGCGAUGACCUUUGGUUUCUUCUGUCCAGUAUUAUUGUUCGUCUACAUGUGUUUUGGACCGUUUUUCAACUUCAUUCUCAGCGACCGUCGGAAAAGCCCCAUUUGGACGGUGAUCCUGUGGCUUACGCUUGGGCUUGGUACGACUAUGAUACUUUACCUCUACAGCCUGGAAUGGAAUGCCCAUAAGCACUGCCCUUUGAAAAAUCCCACUUUCCUUGACUAUGUGAAACCGCGUUCCUGGACUUGCCAUCUUAAGGUCUGACACCCUUUGGGAUAUCCCUCCACGUCAAGGCCAGAAGAUGCUUGUCUUUUAAACAAUGACAACAAGUUGGGCUAGCGUGUUGAAAUGACUGCAGACUUUUUAAAGGGAAACUGUCUUUAGUUAUGGCAAAAGUGGGUGCUGUCUGCUACUAAGGGCUGUAUCAUUCCCAUUUUAACCAGAACCAGUGUCUUCAGGGGUUCCUGCUCUCUAGCUAAGGACCCAAGCGGACCUGAUGCUGUUUAUUGCAAUUAGUUCUUUUGAAAAUAAUAGCAUCUGUCAAGCCCCAAUGUGGAUUGGAAUUGAGGCAUAGGGCUGGGGAGCUUUAACAAUAGGCUGCCGGUUUUGAUUAGGGGGAUCCCCACAGUGCUAUGUGGAUUAAAAUUUUUAUAAGCAGCAAAAUGCUGCCUUUUGCUACGUGUCCAGUUUUAAGUUUUUUGCAUUCCUCACUGAGGAUUACUGCAGCGAUUUGGAGGGCAAAUGCAGUUUGUGUUGAAGAACCUAGAGAGUGUGUUGGCUUGAAAUGAUCAUGCUGCUCCACUUAAAACGCUGGUUUACUUUGUGAGACAGCCUUGGGUGGGUGGUGUGCUUAGAGCUACAGAAGGAGGGACUGUGUCAUUGUGAAAAACAAUACCCCUAUAUUGCUGACUGUUCACUGUGUAGUCUAUAAUCUGGAGCUUUUCUCUCAGCCGCCCUAAAGUGCAUUUCUGACAUGUUCUAAGAGUGCGGGGGGG